CCUGAGUUGUUACGAGCGCUCCGGAGGGGUUUCUUCGCGGCUGCCUGGCUGCAGCACCGCUCUCAGGAUGUGUCUGUGUCCGGGACCUGUAACUAAGUGGACCCUACUGACCUCUGAACCACAAACUAUAAGAGUGAAAAGAAGUGGGAGAAGCACACAAAGAAAAAGGAAGUGAAUGCACUUUCAUCUGGACUUCUUUCCUGCCCUUUAUUACUGAAGCUGAAUGGAAAAGAAAGACUGCUGUGCCUUUCCUCCCCCAACCUCAGGGAUGGGUGGAUUAUAAACACUGUGUGUGUGGCUGGGAGAACAGACUGAACCAUGAAUCUUCAGGCUCAGCAAAAGUCUUCAAGCAAACGGGCUGGGAAACGAGUUGCCUAUUUUAACGAGCAGGACAUAGCAGUGCCAUCAAAAGAGCCACAGCAGCAGCUUAAGGAAGGACAGUACUAUGGUCACGGAGGGAAUAUACCAGUCUCUCAAACUAUGGAGAUUUCUCAUCCAGGAGGAUUAACAAGUGCACCCAACAACGUUGCUUUGAUGAACUCUGUUUACAAUCAAGAUAGGGGAGAAUCAGUGAUGAUGCCCCAGUCAGUAACAGCUGUCAAAUGGCAGAAUUCACUAAUGGGAAACCGGUUACCAGAGAGGGGUGACAGCCACUGGCAGUCUCCACCUUCAGUGUGGAACCACAGUGUGGUUUUUGGGGGCAACCCAAAAGGACCCCACUCCAAUGCUGGUGCCCCAGGCUUCUAUGGCCACCCAGAAGCCCUUAAAAGAAAUCAAGAGAAAGGAGUGUUUGUGUCACAGCUGGAUUUGUAUGGAGACGCUGUCCAGCAGAUGAUGUCCCAAAAGGCUCAGCUGGAACAGCAAGCCCUGGUUAGACAGCAAGCUCAAAUGAAUUCUUUUCAUCAAAUGCAGAAACAGCAGCAGCAGAAUCAAACUCUGCCACUGCAGCCUUUCCAACUUGCAUUUGGUCACCAAGGCCAAAAGCAAGGUCUUCCUGAGCUGUUACAUGUCUUUCAAGAAGCCCCAACUUCUUCCAGUCCAGCAUUUACUGCACAACAAAAACAGCAAGCUCUUCCCCAGCUACAGCUCUUUGAAAAUUUCUAUCCUCAGCAGCAGCAGCAGCAACAGGCUGCCACACAAGCCUUCGGUCUGCAGCAAACAACUUCUAUAGCACAGCCUCAUGUGGCAGCUGCAGCACCUCAGCAUCACAUGAUGCCACACCAAUUUCAGCAAGCAGAGAGGAACCAGGAGCUAUUCAAGGCAUUAACAGAGCAGAACCAGCAGACUGUCCUACCUCAGACGCAGAUUCCCUUUCCAAGAAGGUCACGGAGGCUCUCCAAAGAAGGUGGCCUGCUGACAUCUGCAGGAGAAGUGUUGACUUCUAAGCAGGCAGAAGAACAACCUGGCAAUUUAUUUCUGCACCACUGGCAAACACAUCAGCAAGAGAUCCCGAUACAGCAAACACCUGAGUCACUGGGCCACAGUAAAAGUAGCUAUUUGCACCCCAAAAGAUUGGAUCUGGGGCAGAAGGAUGUCCUGGUGAAUAGUGAGCAGUGCCAGAUGGAAACAGACAGGCAAGCUGCAGCCCAGAAUGGUAGAGAUGAGGAGAAGCAGGCAGCAGCAGCUGAAGAAAACAGUCAGAGAACUAAUGAUUUUCAGAGUGUCAGAGGUGGUGUAAUCCAGAGUACCCGACGGAGGCGACGUGUUUCUCAAGAAGCCAAUUUGCUGACUUUGGCCCAAAAAGCUGUUGAGCUGGCUUCUCUUCAGAAUGUAAAGGAGCUGGAUAAUUCAGAGGAGAAGAAGAGUAUGCUAGUAACAGCUCCAGGACCUACUGCAGCUUCAAAGAGUGUUGUGGAAUUCGCCAGUUCUUCACCAGCUCCCAAAAAAGCCCGGGAGGAUAACAGCCUUGUGCCUCUUAUCAUUCCUGUGUCUGUGCCAGUGAGAAAAAUUGACUUGCAGAGCCUUGAAAAGGAGAAGUCUGAGGAUGGAAAGCUCCAGAAAGGCCAAACAAACGAUCGAGCUCCUUGUGAGCGGAAGCCUUCUGUGAUAGUCACUCGGAGGCGGUCUAAUCGUAAUACUAACACGGAGACCUCGAGUCAGCACGAAGAUGCUGUUCCAAAGGAUGAAGCAGAGGGCUUUGCCCGAAAACCAAAGCAGCGGCCGAGACCCGAGCCCCUGUUCAUACCACCUAAAGCCGGCACCUUUAUUGCACCGCCUGUUUAUUCCAACAUUACUCCAUAUCAGAGCCACUUGCGGUCACCUGUCCGUCUGGCAGACCAUCCUUCAGAUAGGAACUUCGAGCUACCUCCUUACACUCCUCCGCCAAUCCUUAGUCCAGUGAGAGAAGGAUCGGGGCUGUAUUUUAACGCUAUCCUCUCUUCAAGCGGUCAUUCGGUUGCGCCUCCAGUGACACCCAAAAGUGGUCACAGAACUCUGCUUCGAUCAAAUAGUUCAGAAGUUACCCCUCCGAUUCUUACCGUAGUGGGGGAAGCCACCCCGGUCAGCAUUGAACCGCGAAUAAAUGUAGGAACUCGCUUUCAAGCAGAAAUCCCAUCACUCCAAGACAGAUCUCUGGCAGAAACUGAUGAACAUAAAGCAGAGCUGGUGUGGCAGCCGUGGGAUGACUUGGAAACCAACAAAGUCACCCAAGAGAAUGUGGAAAACCUGCUAGCUGCUGCCUGUUCAAGUAUUUUUCCUGGGGGUGGAACCAACCAGGAGCUGGCAUUGCAUUUCUUACAUGAAGAAAAGGGAAGCAUUCUGGGAGCUCUGACCAAACUGCUGUUGAAGAAGCCAGUGCGACCACCUACCCACCCUUUGGCAGAUUAUCACUACACAGGAUCAGACAAGUGGAAGGUUGCCGAAAAAAAGCUAUUCAACAAAGGCAUUGCAGUCUACAAAAAAGACUUUUUCUUGGUCCAAAAGCUUAUAAAAACCAAAACAGUGGCUCAAUGUGUAGAAUUCUACUACACAUACAAGAAACAGGUGAAAAUUGGUCGGAAUGGGACCUUAAUCUUUGGGGACAUUGAUGGUGCUAAUGAGAGAUCAAUGAAAGAUGAAGCUGAAGUUGACAUCAAGAGUUCCCAUAGGUUUGCACGUGUUCUUCCUCUCAGAAGGGACAUCUUCAGUGAGGAACAGGGGCAUGUGGAGGAGGAGGAGGAAGAGGAGGAAGAAGAGGAGGCAGAGGAAGGGUUGGAGAACAGAAAGAGGAGCGCCGAUGCUCUGAAAGAUGAACAGACACUACAAGAUGGUGUAAUAGCCAGCAACACCAAUAUGAGGAGUCACGAGGCAACUGUCAUGGGCAGAAUUGGGAGGAAGCCAAGGGAGACAACAGUGAAGCCUCGAAAGCCUAUUACUGCUCCAGUGCAGAGGAAGAAGAGGAAACAGAAGAUAAAACCAGAUGCUGCCAAUAAAACACAAAACACAGAAAACACAUUUCCAUGUAAAAAAUGUGGCAGGGUGUUCUACAAGGUGAAGAGCCGCAGCGCUCACAUGAAGAGCCACGCGGAGCAGGAGAAGAAGGCGGCGGCGCUGAAGCAGCAGGAGAAGGAGGCGGCGGCGGCCCGCAGCCAGGCCCAGCAGGACGAGAGCAGCGACAGUGGGAGCAGCAGCAGUGGCAGCAGCAGUGCCAGCUCGGAUGAAGAUGGAGAAAUAUAGCAGGAGACCAGAAGUGGAGGGAGUAGCAAGGCUGGACCCAACCUCCCUCUCGCUGGUCUCAUUUGUUUUUUGCUUGCACUUUUCUUACCUGAACCAUCUGGUUUUGGUUUCAGUGCUGCCAUUUUGUCAUACCACAUGUUCCACUUCACCUUGCCAGUACUGAACAAGCCAGAAUGGUGGAUAACAAGAUUUGUUUCAGCUUGGAUUUUUUUUUAAGACUGAUAAGAUUCCUAUUUAUAAUGAUACCCGAGGUACAUAAUAGAAUAAUGUCACCUGCAGUGGAAGUAAGUUCUCUCAGGUCAGUCAGACCUUUCUUUUUGUUCUUGUCAGGAAUUGUAGUAGGACUCUUGGAUAUAAAGGUUUCCAGACUGGAGCAAGAAAAUGAAGCUCUACUUUGAGCUAAGUGUAUCCAGUUCCUAUGACACUGGUGAUUUCCAGUUUUUUCCUUUCUUAGCAAGUUCUUCUUCUUUUAUUCUUUCCUGCCUUUCUUUCUGAGCAGUUAUUCAGGCAGACAACAAGUUUUGUGGAAAGAUGGUGUGCACUUUAGACCUCUGUUUCACAAAAAUGAAAAGUAGGAUGAGCAAGACACUCUUCUUCCUUUUGAGAGGAAGUUUUAUUUUUCAAACGGAAGCCUGAGGUCAGUUAUCUUAUGGCAUUAAGAACAUAGCAAUGGAUAUGAAAAUAUCCUGUGUGAUAAGAGUAGCCACAGGCCUUGCAGGUUGUCUCAUCUUGGAAAACAAAAUAGUCAGCCUUUGAUUAACUUAAAGGAGUCUGGGCUUCACAAGUGCAAUUUAAAAUGAAAAUUGCUGGGUUUGAAUUUACAUAAAUGGGAGCAAGUUUGUUUAGUGAAAAUGAACCCACAUCUUCUUGUGUGCACCUCAAAAAUGGGAGGAAUGGAGUCUCAUCUCCAGCAGUGAUCCCUCUGUGAAUGCUUUUACCUCUCAAUAUCCUCUUCUCUCUUGUAGCAGCCCUCAUUUACUCCUUGAAAUUGCCAUCAUCAAGCUUUUAUGGCAGGGCCCUAGUUUCCCAGGCAGUUGCUGUCAGACAGUAUGUGCAGGAGAAGCUUGUCACCCACUUGCACACCAGUGGCAGGGCAUUGCUGCCUGCUGGGUUGUCCUGCCAUGAGCUGUUCUCUUUGCUGAAAGGCUGACUCUUCUUCAGAACUGACACAAGCUAGUAGCCCAAAAAGUCUAGCCGCCAAAAGCUGCUGGUGAAAGAGAGUU